AUGGCCUCGAUCAGCAGAGCUGAGACGCUGAGGACUUUCUUCGCCAAGUCUGAGGCAGCUGGGUCCAAAGCGCCGCAGACGCUCCGUCCGCUCAUGAACUACGAUGCAAGUGCGGCGAACGCGGGUGUCGACGCCUUGUUCAUCUGUAUGUCGGUGAAGGAUCACUGCGACAGAGAUUCUCUGGUCACCUUCGCGCCCUCGAUUCCCGUGGUGGCGGACCCGGCAGCGAAGCACGCCAUCGACGGGUGGCAUCAUUUCGAUCGCGUCGUCGAGAUGCGUGCAUUCUCUGAUGAAACUGGUUCCUCGUGGCGUAACACACAUCCGGGUUACCCUCUCCCAAGCUGGCUAACCGUCAUGCGCCUGCCGCCCGCGAGCCACCUGCAACACUGCAUCGCGACCCUAUGGUCGCAUAAGGACGACGAUGGGGAGAAUGAGGGGAAAGGGGAUGCGACACAGCACGAUGCCAUCGUGUACUCGCCCCACGGCUACGACACCGCGAAGCCCACACUAUCCAACUUCGCCAAUUCAACUCCACGUCUGCGGGUUCUGGGCAUGCUACAUGCACUCAAGGACAGCUACGCCAUGGGCAUUAACCUCGCCCCCGGCGUCGACAAUGGGCUUGCUAUGCAGCGCCUGCUAGACGCUAGGCACUAG